CUCGGUAAACAGCACUGCUGGGGGUGGGUGGUCCGGGACUUGGGGCAUCAGAAGACGCGCGGUCAUUGUUGAGCUACCGGUGGAGAGCGUCUGUGUUUGCCCUCUUCAUUAGACAUUCUAGUGUCAUGUCGGCAGAAUAAAUAAAAAGGAGCGGAGGUCAAAGGGAACGAGCGGUGUUGAAAUGUGUUUUAACAGUCACUUAAAGCUGCGGACGCUCUCUGUCGCUUUCCAAAUGAUGGAAAUGAGCCUGGAAAGUUUGCAGAGCUGGAAGUAAUCCCGAGUUAAAAGAGGGGGAGACUCUCCGGAUAGUAGAGCAAAUUUGAAACAUGCAGAUUCCGAACAGACCAAUGGAAACUGGCGGAUUCUCCGUGCGUAAUUACGCACAGGCCUCACUAUGCGCUCAGAGCGACGGGAGCCGCUGCGCUCCGGUCGCGAAGGCUCCAAGCGGGAAGUCUUUCACCAUCGAGGCUCUGCUCGCCAAGCCGGAGGAGGCGGCACCCAGAGACCGGAGCAGACCAACCCAAUGCGAGGUAAAAUACCCGCAAAACGCGCCUCCUCCGCACCUGGCAGGGUUAACGCUUCCACCGGCACAAUACCUCUAUUCAUCCAACGCGUUGCACCCCAGCAUUCACCCGCAGCCUGGAUAUUCCGUCUACUGCUACCCGCCGUUCACCUACGCACCAUCCUGCCGGGGAGCGUUUUACGCACAAGCUACSGUGUCCAAAGCGAACGCAGCGAUGCACCAGUUCAAGACGAAAGGCGGAAAGUCGAAACGCAUGCGCACCAGCUUCACCAGCGAGCAGCUGUCCCGGCUGGAGAAGGAGUUCGCCCGGCAGCAGUACAUGGUGGGAUCCGAGAGGUUCCUCCUGGCCUCCGCUCUGCAGCUCACAGAGGCUCAGGUCAAAGUCUGGUUCCAGAACAGACGCAUCAAGUGGCGCAAGCAGAGUCUGGAGCAGCAGCAGGCCAAGCUGGCCAAACUGGGACUGGCGGCUCCACCGAAGAGUCCCGGAUCUCAGGGCCACGGAGACGAAGGCGACGAAGACGAGGACUUCUCCGACUCGGAUGUGGAUAUUGAUGUUUCCGAUGACUCUGUGGACCACUGUUGACCAUUUCGGAACAAAGACUUCCCUGUACAUAGCGCUGAGAAAGGAGACGGCUGCCUCCGACUAUGACUAUUUAAUAGAUUUAUACUUAUAUAUUUAAUUUUCUACUUUUAUUCCUCGGAGAUGAGAACGUAUCCUGUAUCGUUUUAUGUCUGACAUAUUUUUAAAUAUAUUUUAGGACUUUAAUGCCA